AUGGUAUGCAGUAGAUAUCCGAAAGAAUACAGAUACUACGAAUUCAUAUUGAAAAAAAAAUGUUUUCGAAAGUUAAAAAUAAACGUUUGGGAGAAAAAAUCAAAAGACAAACUUAUGAAAAAGGCUGAUUUGUACUUGAAACGUACAAUAUUACGUAAAUAUUUCGAUUAUUGGAUUGUUUUUUUAAAUCAAGUAUUGGUUAAGAAAAUUAACCAACGACUGGCAAAAACAUUUCACGAGGAAAAAAUCAAAAUAAAAGUUUUAGAUGCAUUUAUGAGAAACGUGGAAAAUAACAAAAUCAUUUACGAUAUAUUAAAAAGUAAAUCGGAUUUUAAUUUGAAAAAUAAAAUUUGGCACAGGUGGAAACAUUACGUAAUGAAACGUUGUUAUUUAAAUAAAUGGUUAGAUAAAUAUGACAAAUUAUGGAGAGAAAAAAAUAAAAAAAAUGAAUCAUCAGCUGAUGAUUUAUGUAAAAAAAAAUUAUUGUCGAAAAAUUUCAAUGCCUGGAUGUUGUUCAAAGAAAGAGAAAAAAUAAAAAAUAAUAACAUUAGAGAAUUUUCAGGAAAGGAAAUGGAAAAAAAAGCUUGUGAGUGGCGAAUAAAAUAUUUGAUUCGAUCAAACGUACAAAUCCUUCAUGAAAAAUUAAGGGAAAAAGAAAAAGAGCUGGAAAGGGAUUUAAUAAGGUUUUCUCCCAUUGGAAACAAUACACCACGUAUAAAAUAA